GCUGACUAAUGACUCGCCUUGAAGCUGCAAUCUGAGAUCGGACCUCCAUCAAGUACGAAAACAACUCAUCAUCAUCGCGAAUGUUUUCACUUCGAAACGCAGCAACCCUUCCAUCUCGAAUCCCAAUUCUCUCUUCCUUCCGGCUAAGCUUUCUCCCGCUCCAACAGAUUUCCAGCUUUGGCCACCAGCACUUCCUGCGACCUUACAAACACAUCAAUCAUCGGCCUUUUCAAAGCACAUUGUCCCUCAAGAUGCCCUUGCGGCCAGCAAUAUCCUCUCAAUCCCUCGGUCUUCCAGGCACUCAUGCCCUCUUCCCCAAGCUAAAAGCUGCGUCCGAAGCAGGUUUCCAAGGUGUGGAGAUUUUCUUCGACGAUCUGAAUGUUCUGGCGAAUGUCUAUGCGCAGGAGCGACUGGAGGAUCAUGGGGCUACAGAGAGGGUUGACGGCGAGAAAGAUGGUGAGGCCGGCGAGUCAGAUCUGCUGAAGGCAGCGGAGGAUGUCAGAAGGUGGUGUGAUGGGUUUGGACUCAAGAUCGUCGCUCUUCAACCAUUUCGAGAUUUUGAAGGACUGAAGUCAGCUGCGGAAUAUCAAAAGCGAGUGUCCGGCUUCAAGCUUUGGCUCCGACUCUGUCGGAAGCUGGACACACAGACAAUCUUAAUCCCUUCGAAUACACUACAGGCGGAUGAACUUGACGACUCGAAAAUCGUCCCUGCUCUCCGCGAAGCAGCAGACCUCGCAGGAGCCGCUGAUCCACCUGUUCAAAUCGCGUUUGAAGCUCUCGCCUGGGCCACACUUGUCAACACCUGGGAUCAAGCCUACUCAUAUGUGCUCGAGGCUAAUAGAGAGAACUUGGGAAUAUGUAUCGAUACGUUCAAUCUCGCUGGCAAAGUCUACGCGGACCCUGCUUCUCCUGAUGGGCUGACAUCGAACGCGGAUCAGGAUUUCGAGGAAUCGAUCAGGCGAUUGAAGGAGACUGUGGAUGUGAAGAAGAUUUUCUAUGUUCAAUUUGUCGAUGGAGAGAGGUUGGAUAAGCCUCUAGUGGAGGGGCAUCCUUGGUACCAAGAGAAUCAGCCUGCAAGAAUGACGUGGAGUCGGAAUGCGAGAUGUUUUGCGUUUGAGAAGGAAGGAUAUUUGCCUGUGGGGAAGGUUAUGGAGGUUCUGGUGAAGGAUCUUGGAUAUGAUGGUUGGAUCAGUAGUGAAGUCUUUCACCGAGAUCUGGCGGAUGAGACGAGAGAGGUACCAGUUGAGUUUGCUGGGAGAGGCAUGGAAAGUUGGAAGAGGCUGCAGAGAGAGUUGGGGGGUGGAGAAGUGAUCUGAGUUGAGGUCUUCUUGGUAGUCUUGCCAAAUAUUGCCAAUGUGAG